UCCAAGCUCCAGGCCAGUUUGCUCUGCACCCUGACACUUCCCGCUCACUUUCACUCGCCGCCGCAGCCUGCCCUUCCUGAAGCCGCUGACAUGUGUACAGGAAAGUGUGCUCGCUGUCUGGGGCUCUCCCUCAUCCCUCUCUCCCUGAUCUGCAUCGUGGCCAAUGCCCUCCUGCUGGUCCCUGAUGGGAAGACCACCUGGACCGACAGCAACCUCAGCUUGCAAGUCUGGCUCAUGGGUGGCUUCAUCGGAGGGGGCCUGAUGGUGCUGUGUCCAGGAAUCGCCGCAGUCCGGGCAGGGGGGAAGGGCUGCUGCGGCGCGGGUUGCUGCGGGAAUCGCUGCAGGAUGCUUCGCUCCGUCUUCUCCUCUGCCUUUGGGAUGCUUGGUGCCAUCUACUGCCUCUCCGUGUCGGGAACUGGACUCCGAAUCGGACCCAAGUGCUUAAUUAACAACAAGUGGGACUACCACUUCCAGAAACCCAGUAAAGGCUCUUACUUGCGCAAUGAUACUCUAUGGGAUUUAUGCGAGGCGCCGCCUCACGUGGUACCCUGGAACGUGACACUCUUCUCUCUGCUGGUGGUCGCCUCGAGUCUGGAAAUAGUGCUGUGUGGAAUACAGCUGGUGAAUGCCACCUUUGGCGUACUGUGUGGCGAUUGCCGGAAAAAGGGUGAAGUUCAAUGAGUUCCAUGGACCACCCAUAAUACCUCAUUUAUGGAAGGCUGAGUGGUCCUCCCACUCCCUGAUUAGCUGGAAUAAACUGCUUUUGUUGUUCGA